AAUAUCUCUGCGCGGGGCGGAACUGAGUUACAGCGAAUCCGAAAACAAGCAGAGAUCCACUGCAUGACCACACAGCAUUCUUCUCUACAGCAGUCUUCUCUAUACAACAUCCUCCUCUAUACACUUCAUUUAAGAGCACAGGAUAAGCAAAUAUGACAGAUGAAGGUGAGAUGGAGAGUAUUGUCCCUAGUGCCCUCAACACAGGGAGUGAAACAGGAACACUAGUAGAGGUCAAGUUUCAGAAAAACCCCUAUCAAACCCAGAAGUACCUGGAGGCAGAACCAAAAGCUUUAGGGGUAACACAGAUUAUGCUGAGUCUCUUUUUCCUGAGUACCAUAGGUUUGAAUUGGAGGGAUUAUAGUUCUCACAUCCCAGUCAUCAUCAGUGUUAUCCUUUCUUCAGUUAGCAUAAUAGCUGGUAGUGUGGCAAUAGCAGCACAGAAUCUUCACCUUCCUACACUGAAGGCCUGCUUGGGGCUGCAGGUGGUGGCAUGUGUGUUCUCAGUGAUCUCCUUCAUCAUUAGCUCAGGCUUAAUGGUAGAACAUUCCUUGUUUCACUACUGUUGGAACAGCUACCACGGUGGCACAUCAGAAAAAAACAUGUGUGACAGAAUGUGGUCCAUCUAUGAGCAUAUCGUAGGAAUAGAGAUGCUCGUGCAGGUGACUCAGAUUGCUCUCUCUGCCACCUUGGCUGCCUUCUGCUGCAAAGUAAUUCAGUGCUGCUCACCGAGGGACAAUGUGCCUGUUAUUGUGGUGAACGCACCCCCAGGUCCACAGUGACGGCAGUCACAACCCAUUUAACUGCAGUUUUGUUUUACACACAUGCAUUAUAAAUGUACUUACAGUACUUACAUAUUUUUUUAAAAAUGUAUACAGCCUACAGUAUACAACAUGACUUACAGGUCAUGUGCUAAACUGUUCAAAUAACCUUAAAAAUAAUGAAUUUUCCAUUAGUAUUGUAAUUUCUUUAGAAAAGGUCCAGAUUAUAUUUUGUCAUUUCAAAACCACUUAUCUUUAGAAAUAUACAAAGUUGUUUCUGUUUCUGAACUGUACAGUGUGUGUUUCAAAUGAAGUUUGCUGUCUUGAUCAAAUCUAUUUUCACAAUAAUGAUUCUCUAUGUAAGGCUGUAAGAUGGACAAAAAGGAUUUUAGGGAUUUAAGGUAUGAUAAAUAAACAUUAGAUUGAGUGGAGAGGUGUUGGGAUAUAAUGUAGCAAAACUGACAGCACUUCAUUUUUUAAAUAUUAACCCUGAUGGUGAACUCUUUUUUCCUUAUGUGCAAAUGUACAUAAAGUAUAAUAUAGCUUGAAGACAUUGUGCAUGUAUCUUGUGUUUGUAAAGCUGUCUGAUUAUUUUUUUCCCAGCAGAUGGCGAUGUAUCUCUGUUUAGUGUAUGUUUUUGUUUUGUUUUUUUCCAAUAAUGAACAUCUCAGAAAGAAUAAAGGGAAUAUAAUAUGAA